ACCACUACAUUUCUUUUCUCUACACCGGGUGUAUACAAUCAUGUGUCAUGUGUCGAUUUCUCUCAUGACCAACCCUGAAUUACUUCGUGUUGGCCUUCAUUGAACAAAAGUCACUGAUGAAAUGGUGCAUUCGAGAGAAGCAGACAUAGAGAAACGCGAUGAGAUUAAAACUUUGUGCAAACCAAGACAUGGCAUUCAAUGGCACUAAAUGAGGUGGUUCGUAGAGGCUGAAGUGAAUCCUAUAGCGGCAAAAAUUGAAAUUUGAUUAACCGUUUGAUCUCAAUCAGAAGGUGAUCAUAACAGUUAGAGCCAGCUCACACCUUAGUGUGGUCCAUUGAACAAGAUAUAUAUUAUCAAGCUAAGACUGAACAUUUCUUCAAGGACUGACUUUCAGAAUAACAUGGAGAAGAGGCCUAGUACUUUUGCCGUUGUUCCACUAGUGCUGCUUCUUUUGUGGCCGACUGUGUUCCCAGAAGUACUGGCUUGUCCGACUACCGGCGGUGGAUGUAGAAGUUGUCCGGCUAAAGGCGGUGAAUGUAGAAGCUGUAUCGUUAAUCAGAUGAAGUUCGUCUGCCCAAGGUGCGUGCCAAUUCUACGAUGCAUGGCUAGAUGCUUGUGGGGAGGCAGCUCAAGAAUGAACUGCGUUAAAAAGUGUGAUUGUGGUGGCGGCAACCCAAAACUUUCCGAUUGCAAGAAGUGCAUGGCACGCUGCAAGUGUAGCUGCAUAUCAUACUAG